AUGUCUUUCUUUGGAUUUGGUAGAAGUAGUAGUAGCAGCAAUGUUACAUCUCCUUCUUCUUCUUCGGGACAAUCUGGUGAUUCAUCCCAAUUAUCUUCUCCAACUUAUGACACUGGUAGAAAUAUUGAUGAUAUUGUGAAAGGAUUAUUGAUUGCUUUGGAUGAUAGUGAUAUUAACGUACACAAGAAUAUUCACCAAUCUCUUCUAAAAAUUGGUAAUGAAUGCGAAUUGCUCUUACUGAGUAAAUCACUCUACUUUUUAAAUAAUACUUGCCCGAAAUCAAACAAGAAACACAGAGUAUUUGUUAUGAAUAUUCUUACUGAACUUUUAAAUAAGAAACCAUCUAGCAAUGAUUAUGCUGUUGUUCGUACUUCUCUCAGUUCUCAAAUUGAUACAACACAACAAUUAUUUAAACUUCCGGAUGAUCUUUCUCGUGCAUUGAUUAAUAUGGCUGUAUUAGAAAUGGUACAAGAAAAAUCUGUGAAUUCCGAUUGGCAAGCCAGUGCUUGUAAUUUAUUAAUUGCAUUAUCUAGAUUCUCACCAGAUAUGGUUUCUGGACAAUUAUUGGAAAGAUUCCCUGUUAGUAGUACAAAUCCACCACAUUAUUUUGUUAUCAAAGCUUUGAGUGACAUUGCUUUUUAUUAUCCAUUAUUAUUUAUUAGUAAUUUGAAGGAAGUACUUUCAAGAACUUUACCUUUAUUGGCUAUGAUUAAACACGAUAACUUGAGAUGGGUUUUUUGUGCAGCCCUUGGUAGAUGGUCGGAAGCAGCUAUUUAUUGUUUGGAAUUAUCUGAAAAAUCAACUCAACAUUCAAAUCCUAUUGAUAAGACAACAAUUUCACAAUAUCACUCUUCAGUAUUAACUGCUAUGAAACAUAUCUUGUUGGAAUGGUUGAACUUGAGAGAACCUAAAAUCAGACUUGCUGCUGCUCAAUCAAUUGGUUACAUGUGUCAUAUUAUUGAAACAGAUCAACUCAAUCAAUUACUUCCAAAAUUAAUGCCAAACUAUAUUCAAUCACUCAGAAAAGAAAUCAAGGAUGACCCAUUGCCAGUUACAGUUGGUCUUCAAUAUAUUGUCAAGGUUGUUGUAAGAGAUUGUCCAACCUCUUUGAAUGAACAUUUACAAGCAACUUUGGGAACUUUGUACUCUGUAUUGCUCACAACAAUUGCCAGAAAGGGUUCUUAUAAGAAUGGUCAAAGAAAUAUUGCUGAAACUUUGAAGACAUUCCACUAUUUGACUAGAGGAUUUACUGACCAAGUAGUUUCAUUCCUCCAAGCUCAAUUGGAACAACCAACUGGUACUACUAUUACACGUGUUAGUGCUCUCAAAAUUUUAAGAUAUUUAGUUGUAAAUAAUGAUGAAGAUUUGAUUUCUUACAGAGAUGUAAUUGUCAGUGGUUUGAUGAAAAUUCUCAAAGACCCAAGUGGUAAUAUGAUUGUUAUUGCUGAUGACUCAGAAGUUCACUACGAAUUCAGUGUUCUCAUCCAUACCAUGGCACAAAAAUCUGGAUAUAUGAUUUCACAAGGUGGUACUGAAUUGGUUCAUGUCAUUUUGAGAGGUUGCUCUAUUUCAGAAAGAAAAAUUGCCGAUGACCUUAAAGCCAAAAUACCACCUUCCUUGUUGAAUGGAAAUGAUCAAGAAAAAGUUGCUCAAUCAAUGAUUGCCAGAUAUGAAAAGGAAGAUGCUAGUGUUUUCGUAGAUACCACCAUAAUUUCUGCCCAACAAACUGCUGAAGAUGAGGAAUUAAGCAGUGAAGAUUCCGAAGGUAGCAAAACAACCAAUCCACAAGACUCAUUGGAUUCAUCAACAAAUGUUCCACUUGUUGUAACUUGGUACCAAGUUAGAGAAGGAUGUGAUCGUGUUUUAUUGAGUUUCACAACUAAACUUGGUGAAGAAAUGGAUAAGGUUUUGUGGCCAUUCUUACUUGAAUCUUUUGUUAUUCCAAGUUAUGAUAUCGCCUUCCCAGUUUUGUGUAGAGCUAUUGCCGAUAUCAGCAAACGUAAGAAGAACGAUGAUGAUUUCAUUAUUGAUUUCGAUGCUCAAGUCAACAUUCCAAAGCAAAACUUUAUCUUUGCUCGUUUAUUGUUGAAGCUUACCUCUCCUUUUGGAAGAAAUCAACCUGCUGUUAACAUUCUUCGUGCUCUCUAUUGUCUUUCACCAAAUAUUCACCCAGAUGUUGUUCAAUUGUGGGGUAAGAAAUUACCAAAUUUGAAGAAGUAUAUUGAUACAUGUGACUCACUUACUUCCUUCAACCAAGACGAAUGGGAUAAUCAAUUAUUGAACCUUGUUCGUGACAGUAUUGACAGCGUUCAAGAUGAUAGAUGGGCUGUUGCUCUUGGUGAAGCUUUGCUUGAUCAUGCUGACAUUUUCUAUAAGAACAAUAGAUUGUUGAAAAAGGCCUUGUUAUCAAUUGUUGGUCUCAUUAUUCAAAAGAGUCAACUUAAGCAAUUUAUUCACUCUGCUGUUGAAAGAUGCUUCAAGAUUACUGAUCACACCAGUGAUGAAGAAAGAUUGGGAUGCGCUCGUGGUCUAGGUCAAGCUGCUGUUAAUCAUUGUGAUAGUGUUUUAACACAAUUGCAAAAUGUUAUGAAGGCUCCAGAAAAGAAAACUGGUUUCUUCGCCAGAAAUACUGGUAAGGAAGUUGGUCCAGAAGAAAGAGCUACUGCUAUUCUUUCAUAUGGUUAUGUAUCUAUGCUCACUCCUUUGAAUCUCAUUACAUCUCGUGUCGAAGUUCACGUUGUUAAAAACAUGACUCCAAUUUUGAAACCUCAACCACCUCAACCAAUUCCAUAUGAAUUGAAAGAAAAUGGAUUGAAGGCUAUUGAUUUGAUUGGUAAAUCAGUCCAUCCAAGUAGAUUGAGUGAUUUUAUUUUGAAAUCCAGAGAUGAACUUGUUAGACUUGUUAUUCAAAUUAUGACUCCAUCUGCUCAAUUAUUGCAACAAGUUAAUACUGUCCCUCAAUACUUGUCUAUUAACAAGUUAAGAGCUUUGGGUCUUGAUGCCAUUUCUACUUUGAUUAAAUUGCCACCAAAGAUUGAAGUUGACGUACAAAACGAGGUUCUUAACACCGUUUUAGGAUUAAUCAAAAUUAAAAGUGCUAUCAAACCAACAGAUGCAAAACAACCACUUGGUAUUGAAGAACUUCAAACUUCUGAUGAUUCAAUUUUGGAAGGCGUUAGUAAUGUCUUAUUCUCACUUCUCCAUACUGAUAAUAGCCAAGGUACUCUUGAUGAUAUUUUAAAGGCAUUGGAAACUGAUCACCUCAACUCUCAAAAUUCUUUGGAAAGAGACAGAUCUGCCAACAUUUAUGUUUCCCUUUUGAAAGAUUUUGCCAAGCUUAUUUCUGCAUAUGACUCAGAAUCUCAAUCAGCUAACGUAUUUGGUACAUCCAUGAUUAGUUUGGGCCGUAUUAUUGGUCAACUUAUUCCUCGAGUCACUGAAUCUACAAUUGGUGUUAGAAAAUCUGGUCUUGAUGGAAUUUAUCUUGUUUUGAGAAUUCAACACUUCUUGCAAAACAUUAAAUCCCAAGAUGAUGAAGACCUUCCAGAAUAUCUUCAACAAAUUGGUCCACUCAGAAACCAACUUUUUGAAGCUAGUAACAUUAAGGAAUUAUUUGAAGUUACCAAAGAACUUUCACAAAUCCUCUGCGAAGCCAUCAAGGACAAGUCUCACUUGAUGAAUCUUAUCGAUACUUUGAUUGAUACCUUGGUCGAUCCUGAAGUUGAUGGUGCCAAUAGCUCAUGUAUUGUCUUGAGUGCUUUGAUUAGACUUAGAGGUAAAGAACUCGAACAAGAAGCUGCUAACUAUGUCAAGAAGAUGAUCAAGCUAAUUCCUCAAUUCAUUUCCAAUCAAAGAGAACAAAUUGUUAGUGGUUUGCUCCAUGGUAUUAGAGGUUUCACUAGACAUUUCCCACUUUUGAUUAUGAACACCUUGAUUGCUUAUCCAGUCCCUCAUACCAUUGAAGUUACCAAGAGCUUCCAAAUUAUCUCUACCGAUCCAAUGUUGAAUCAACAAUUGUUAGAUCACUUACUUGACAUUAUCAAUAAUGCUCAACUCUAUGAAGAAAAGAGAUCAUCAGAAGUUGAUAUGGACUUGAUUCCAACACACAAUACAGUCUCCUGUACACAAGCCCUUUAUGAAAUCUUGGCUGUUGAAGACUUUGCCCAAAUUGCCAUGAAGAAUUAUGCCUCAAUCAUAAUUACUGCACUCGUUAGAGUUGGUACUGCUAACGAAAUGACUGUAAAUCCUCCAACUAAGUAUGCUCAACAAUGUAUCAUUAACUUCUACAAGCUCACACAAGAAACAAUUCGUAAUGCUAAAUUGGAAGAAUUGGAAGAAACACACGAUUCUAGCCAUGAAGAUCACAAACAAACCUUUGAAGAACGUAAGGAAGCCAUUAUUUCUAGUACUCCUCUCGAGUUUGAAGCUACUAUCUUGGAAGGUCUUCUCCAAAAGAAGAUUUAUGGUGACUCUGUCCAAGAAGUUUUGAGUAAGAUUUGUAAAGCUUAUCCACAACAUGUUAGAGCCAUGUUUGAUUUUGUAAAGCCAUUCAUUAGCAGAACCUUCAUUGGUCAAAGAGUUAUUGCUACUUGUAUUAUUUCUGUAUUACUUAACUUUAUCCAAAAUGAUAGAGAAUUAGUCCACAAUUGCAUCAAUGCCUUACUCAGCAGAAGUGGUACUGAUGAAGUUGUCGUUGUGAAAUUGUAUGCCUUGCGUGGUUUGUCUAGUUUGUCCAUCCAUCCAAAGGAUAUUCUUCAUCAAUAUGUUACUCCUGUUAUUGGUGCUCUUCUUUCCAAUUUGGAAGAUUUGAAUCAAGCUGUUAUUCUGGAAGCUAUGACAAGUGUAAAGAAUAUUUUCAAGAUUGCUGAAGACGCCUACAUUUCACCACUUUUAAUGAACUUGUGUGUUAGAUUGAAGCCAUCAUUUGAAAAGAAAGAUCCACUCAUUAGAGAAGCAUCAAUCAAAUUAUUUGGUGCUUUGCAUCGUUUCUGUGAUGGUGUUAUGAGAGAUACCCUCAUUUCAACAAUUUUCAAUAAUUUGCCAAUUUUGUUAUGUCACGUUCAAGAUCCUGAAGAAAAUGUCAGUAUUGCAUGCAGACUUGCUUUAAGACAACUUGUUCCAACACUUAAGAGUGAAGCAUUUACUGAAAUUUUCCAAAUUGAUGCCUUUAAGGUUGAAGAUACCACUGCUCCUCAAGCUGUACAACCAUUGAAAUUUGAUGAAUUUUCUGAAAUUUUCGCCAAAACUUGGAUUCAAGAGUUCCCAGACAGAAUUAGUGAUUUGGUCAUGAAUUUGGUUGUGUUCUAUAAGAGUGAAUGGUCAAAUUGUUGCGCCUCAGCUUGUUUGAUUCUUGGUUAUUUGCUUGCUAAUUUAAGUAAGGAGCAAAAGACAAGAGUCAAUCUUAGACACACUACACAAGGCCUCACUGACUUGUUAAAAUCACCUUCUCCUCUCAUUAGAGAAAAGGUUUCCAAGAUGUUAGGUUUAUUAUUCGAAGCUUAAAAUAAAAAAGUAAAUAUUUAU